AUGGGUCUCAUCGGUCUUACAAUCAGCGCUAUUAUGAGUGCUACAGACUCCUCAAAACAGCCUCGCUCAAAUGGGUGCUACGGAAGUCAACAGCAACAAACCUAUCUCGUCCAACAACCUCAACUCAUGGGUCCCAACCCCGGUUACAUGGCCAUGAACAUCGGUCGAUCUUCAUGCCACCAACGCAAGGCGGAGCGUCGAUAUCAGAAAAAGAUGCAGCGUGCUGAGCGUAUGCAACUCCGAGCCGAACAACGAGCAGAGAGGGAUUACCGACGAGAAGAGAGACGACAAGCGGGUGUUGCCAUGGUCCAUUCAGGAGCACAAAGGGUUGGCAUGAUUGGUAGCAGCUCAAGUCAGAAUGUUUACCAAACAAGGGACUUUCACGAGGAGCCUAAUAACGGUGGCUACGAGUUGGGUCCCAUGAACCAACGACAUGUUGAAAAGGAUGCACCGCCUGCAUACGACGAUGCAGUGAGGAAGUAA